AGAGAGAAAAAAAAAAGUGGAAACGAAGGCAGAGCCGCAUAAGCUUUCUUCUCCAUCUUGAUGCUCUCCGUGCUAGAAGGAAAAGGAAGGGAAAGUGAGAAGGUGAAGAAAGCGUGAAGCAGAAAAUCAGCGAAGAUUCUCCCGCGGAUCUUCAGUACAGUUAACUGUUGCCUAAAAGAGAAUGGGUUAUUCGAAGGAUCAACUGCUUACCCGAUUGCAGGAGCUUCAGAUUGACCAUGCAAAGUAUGAGCAUCCUGUGGUUUUAACAGUUGAGGCCCAGGCAAAGUAUGUCGGGAACAUGGGAGGUGCACUGAGUAAAAAUUUGUUCUUAAAGGACAAGAAACAUAGGUUUUACAUUGUUUCUGCUAUGGCAGAUACGAAAGUGGAUAUGAAAGUUUUAUCUCAAAGGCUUGGUUUAGGUAAAGGAGGUCUGAGAAUGGCUCCGGAAGAGGCAUUGGGUGAGAUACUGCAGGUGCCGCUGGGAUGUGUUACUCCAUUUGCACUAAUAAAUGAAUCGGCACGACAUGUUUCGCUCUUGCUCGAUCAAGGAUUCAAAAGUCAAGACCGCUGCAUCUUCCACCCAUUGUCUAAUGACACGUCAAUUUUUCUUGCUCCUAGUGGUCUUGACAAGUUUCUGAAAUCAAUUGGGAGGGAUUCAGCAUACAUUGAUCUAGAGGCUAACCCUAUGGUGGGGAAGGAUCAGCCCCCUGAUCUUGCUGCUUUUGUUCCAUCUGGUUCCACAGUUCUGCCAGAUACUCCAGAAAAAGUAGCAUCUUCACAAGUUUCUACUGGAAAUCAUGUUAUUCUGGAUAGCAAGUCUGUUGCAGCAAAAGUAAAAAAGCCAUCCAGUAAUAUGCAACAUGUCAAGGAGAACUCGGCCCCUGCUGCUCAGCCAUCACUGCUCUUCAAGGAUCCCGAGAAAUUUGUGGAAGAGAUUCUAGAUAAAACAUCUUCUCUAUUGCUCUCAGAGAUUACGGAGGCAAAUGUUAAGCAACAAGGGGAACAGCUUGGGACUGCCUUGGUAAACAGUUUAAGAAAACGCCUUAGCUCGGAUUUGAAGAACCUCGCUACAAUUUACAAGAACACGGCAUAUACAGAAGGGUUUUAUGCCGGUACUCACCAUCAACCUAAGCGCAGUUGAAUUGUUGAACAUGACUUAACUACAACCUUGGGAAUAGAAUUUCCUGUCGGUCUACUGAGUUGAAUUAUAGAUGAGUUUUUUAGGACUGUCCUUGGUUUAUUAAGCAAAGGAUUUCUGGAGUUGCGGCGACAUUGUUGUACUUGUUAACAUGACAUUGCUCCUUGAGGAAUUCACGGAAAGGUUCAAGUUACAUAUUCGCCUGAGCACAGUAAUUUUAAAUCGAUGGAAUUAUUUCUCUGCUCUGUUUGAAACAGAAACGAAGGUCGGUGUAAUAUUAUUAUAUGUAAAUACAUUAUAUUCAUUUAUACACUAAUUUAAGAGUAGUAUUAUAUGCAUAA